AUGCAAAAAAAAACAUCUUCUGAUGUUUCAAGUUCACAAAAUAUUACAUUUAUUCAACGAGUAUUCUCAGCACUUUUGUAUGGUACCUGUUCAGGUCUAAUCACUGUCGUUAACAAACUUGUACUUACUUCAUAUGGAUUUCCAUCAUUUCAAUUGCUUGCUAUCGGACAGUUAGUCGUAUCUAUUGUUGUACUUUAUGUGGCUCGUCUAUUAAAUAUUGUUUCAUUUCCACCAUUCUCUAAAGAUAUUAUUAAAAAAAUUAUGCCAUUGCCAUUAUUCUUUUUUUUAAACUUAUUUUUUGGUUUAGGUGGUACACAAGCCGUGAGUUUACCAAUGUUUACUGCAUUACGUCGGUUUUCAAUUUGGAUGGCAAUGAUUGGUGAACAAUUUAUUCUUAAACAACAGCAACCUUUUAUAGCUCAAGCAAGUGUUUAUUUAAUGGUUAUCGGUGCAUUGAUUGCUUCUGGAGAUGAUUUAACUUUCAAUUGGUUUGGUUAUACAUUCCUUACUCUGAAUAAUCUUAGUACAACUGCGCAAGGUAUUGUUAUUAAACAAAAAUUAGCUAAUCAAAAAUUUAAUCAAAAUGAUCUCUUAUUUUAUAAUUCAUUUGUUGUUCUUGUACCUACUAUUUUAUUAGCUUUAUGUACUGAAGAUCUCAAUAAAGUUUGGAAUUAUAAUGGUUAUCGAGAUACUGGUUUUAUUUGUGCUUUUCUUCUUUCAUCAAUAAUGGGUUUUUUACUGAAUUAUUCCGUUAUGUUAUGUACAAAAUAUAAUUCACCAUUAACAACAACAGUUGUUGGUGCUUGUAAAAAUUUAUUUGUUACAUAUCUUGGAAUGUUUAUCGGUGGAGAUUAUAUUUUUUCAUUUGUUAACUUUAUUGGACUUAACAUUAGUGCUCUGGGAAGUAUUAUUUAUACUUGGAUAACAUUUACUCGAAAAACUCCAUCAACCGUGAUAUCAAAUAAACGAAAAGAAAAUGAAAUGAAUGUUGAUGAUAUCUGGAUUGUCGUAUUACGAAUCUAUAUAGAGUGUGAAUUAGGGUUAACGGGCGGUGCUUUUAUAAGUUGUGGAAUUCUUGUUUUAUAUAAACGUGAUUUAAAUGAAUUAUUUACACUUUUAUCAUAUGAUUCUCGUCUUAUACCAACAUUUUAUAACAUUGGUUAUGUUCUAAUUGCUGUUGGUAUACUUAUUUUUAUCGUUGGUUUACUUGGUUGUUGUGGUACAGUUCGAGAAUCUCGACUUUUACUUGGUUUAUAUGUCUUUUUUAUAAUAAUUGUUAUGGGUGGUGAGCUUAUUGUAGCUAUGUAUACGGUACUAUUAAGUGAUGAAUGGGAUACUCGAUUACCAAGAACAUUAGCACGACGAAUUUUAACAUAUAAUUAUACAUUACCACAAGGAUUUGAAACUGAUUUAGAUAUGGUUCAGAAGCAGUUUUCGUGUUGUGGUAUUGAUGGUCCACAAGAUUUUCAUAAUAAUCCGGAUUAUAGGAUUUCUGAUCGUCAUCUUCCACCAUCAUGUUGUAGAAGUUUACUAAAUGGAAUUUGUCUUGAAAUUGAUUCAUAUCAAGUUGGUUGUUAUCAAACAAUUAACGAAUAUUUACAUUUCUAUUCAAGAUUAAUUGUAGCAAUUGGAAUUGGUAUUGCUCUAUUUGAAUUAACUGCAUUGAUAUUAGCUGUUUGUGUUUGCCGCGAUACAUUAUACGAAGAUAGUUUUCAUUAA